AUAUAUGCGCACACAGAGCGCACAGCAAGAUACCUUCCUCCGAGGAAGACGUAGAGUAAACCAGUCGUAUGACACUGAAUCUCACACAGCCCAUCAGAUUUUUCCAUCAUAUUUGCAAUCAAACGCUCAGUUGAACGCUCAGCCCCACUGAGGCUCAAUCGGGUUACAGGGGCCUCGUGACAUCUUUGUAUUGACGGCAUUGUCAACCCGGCUCCUCAACAGUGGUAUAUAAGGAUGCCCACUUCGUCUCCUUCAUCCCAUCAAUUGUUUACAAUCUGUCAUUCGAAACACUGAAACUCUACUUCGCAAUGGGUUAUAACCUCCCCGAGACCAAGGUCCAUGCAGUAAAUUUCAAAAUCGAACCAAUUUUUAUUCCUACGACGGCCCUUCAAAAACUUGAACAAUAUCCUAAUGGUUCAGGAGGACUUGGCGACGUCUGGAAAUGUUCCUUUUCUGCACAAUCUGAACCCGUCGCUGUCAAAUCCAUCAGGGUCCCUCAAUCAACCGAUGAAGAACUAGUCGCAAAAGCAGGCACGAGAAUACGUCGUGAGGCUUAUGUUUGGAUCAAGUUGUCACACGACCGCAUUCUCCCGUUCAAGGGUGUCACUGAAGGGUUUGGCCCACUUCCUGCGCUAGUUUCUCCAUGGAUGAAAAACGGAUCACUGAAUGAAUAUAUAAGGCUCAAAUAUUCCGAGCUGUCUGACCAUCAAAAAUUGGUCAUUAUACAGGAGGUGGCCUCUGGUCUUAGUUAUCUGCACAGAGAGGGUGUCGUGCAUGGUGACUUGACAGGGACCAACGUUUUGGUCGGUGGCGAUGGUCACGUCUGUCUCGCGGACUUCGGUCUAUCGAUGAUUCUCGCUCAGGCGGAAAACACCACAUUCAACUCCUGUCAUCCAGGAAACGUACGUUGGAUGGACCCCGAGGUUCUUGACGCCCAAGACGAGCAGCCGACCGAAUCGGGGGAUGUCUAUUCGUAUGGCUGCGUGGCGUUGCAGGUCUUAUCGGGAAAGCAGCCCUACGAGAAGCUCAAAUCUGUUUUCUCCGUUAUGAGCGCAAUGGCCAAGGGACAACAGCCUUUCGUUGACAUGAAGAAAGAUGGAUUCGACGGAAAGCUCUCAUCGGGAUGCUUCAAGAAACCAGCCAACCUUCGUCUGACGAUUCAUCAGGUCACGGGUAUUCUGGGGUUAUAGUAAGCGUGUUCUGUGUCGUGUAUACCAAUUAUGACAAAGUUGGAGGAUAUUGCUACACGACUUACUGCUUACUUACUAUAUUCCUACCUUUAUUGUGAUACUUGUGUUACUUAUGCUGGGUUGUGUAGGCCG